AUGUCUGUGCUGUUUAAAGUGUUCACGUUAGAGCAGCGAGAGGUGUUCGAAAAGCACGUGUUACCUAAACUGUGGAAAAGAGAACGAGUCACGUUGAGGCGAGUGAAUCGAGAGAGUCGAGUGGCGAUGCAAACAGUUCUCUCGGCGAAAGACUAUCAAAUUCUUGCGUUUUCCUUGGAUCACGUUCCGACGCAUAUAAACACAAUCAUACAACAAACCCGCAAGUUGGAGAUGGUUCGCUACGCGCACGAGCAUCUUCACUAUUCGUUUUCAAAAGGAACCGCAAAUGUAGCGGCAAGUAUCCAUUAUAACAAUGUCGACGAUUGUGGGAUUUUGAAAUACGUCGUCGACAACGGGGCGCCUGUUACACUUAAAACUUUGCAUAUUUUAAAUAGUUGUCGAUUUGAUGAAAAGAUUGAGUGGGUCGCGUUGAAGAGGGAGAACGUGUUUAUUAGAGAUCAUCACGUGUGCACGUAUUGCGGACGACGAUACGCGAGUGACGAUUUGACCAUCGACCAUAUCCUUCCGCGGUCGAAAGGCGGCGAAAGGUCGUGGACGAAUUUAACGACCGCGUGCGCGACAUGUAACAAACGCAAAGGCAAUGAGUUGUUGAAGCAGGAAGAAAUCCGUACGGCUUUGGGGUACCUCUUGAUUAAUGUCAAAUUUUGA